ACAAAAGUGGACCCACGCGUGUCACGCUUUCCCGAUUAAGCGUGGACCAGCGCGGGCCAAGCCAAGCGACUGGACGGAGGCUGAGGCGCCGAUCCCCGGCUUGAGUCGCCUGCUGGCGGCGCGAGCGACGCGAGGGAGGUGGCGAGCGGAGAUGUGGAUGGCCAGCGAGCCCUCGGAGAGCCUUUAAGCCGGCGGAGAUGCAGUAAAAUCGGAUCCGGUGCGCGGGUUCCUGGCCUCCUCUCUCCACCGCUCCCAUCUUCCAUCUCUCCCGUUGUGUUCGGAGGCUGAGGCGAGCGGAGCGGGAUGUGGGCGAUGCUGCCACAAGGGAUGCAUUGUGGCUUGGCUGAGAUGCUCCGGAACACCCGUUGCAUGCAUUGAUUUCAAGAGCAAAAGCAGCCUAAUAGGACGUCAGCACCUGCUCUAUCAGGUCCUCACCUGCAAGUGCCCCGGAAUGAAGCCCUGAGGUACGCCCACCCCCGCCAACCUCCAAGCCUGUGAACACCGCCUCCAUCAGGGAUGUGGACAGGCCCUCACGCAGCAACGCCACUCUGAUCUGGGAUCAGCUGGGUGUUCGAUGGCCUGAUCUCCACAUCAAAACAGUUGGGGGCCUUUCUAGUGAAAAUCCCUCACUGCGCGGUAGCACAUGGAUUUCAAGACCUCAAAUGAAGAGACAAAGACUGGGAUUUAUUUGAUGCAAGAAGGUAAUGAGGAGCCGUUUCAUAUCCGACUGCACUUGGCUAAAGAUAUUCUGACCAUUCAGGAGCAAGAUGUCAUCUGCGUGUCGGGAGAACCUUUUUAUUCGAGCGAGAGGACUGUAACAAUCCGGAGACAGACCAUCGGAGGGUUUGGCCUCAGCAUCAAGGGCGGUGCUGAGCAUCAAAUCCCUGUGGUGAUAUCCAAAAUAUCCAAAGAACAAAAAGUGUGUUUUUGUUUUCCAGCUGAACUUUCUGGGCUGCUUUUCAUUGGCGAUAGCAUCCUCCAGAUCAACGGAAUCAACGUGAGAAGCUAUCGCCACGAGGAAGUGGUUCAGGUGUUGAGGAAUGCCGGUGAAGAAGUCACCCUCACGGUCUCUUUCCUCAAGAAGACCCCAGCCUUCCUCAAACUGCCUCUGAGUGAGGACUGCAUGUGCAUCCCGAGUGACCAGAGCAGCGGGACCUCGUCUCCUUUGUGCGAUAGCGGCCUGCACUUGAACUACCAUCCAAAUAACACGGACACGCUGUCCUGCUCGUCGUGGCCCGCGUCCCCGGCCCUCCGCUGGGAGAAAAGAUGGGUGGACCUGCGCCUUCUGCCGUUGCUGCACUCUCGCCUCUCCCAGCACGUGCCGGGCUCCGACGUGUGCAGGAAAAAUGCUUUCCAGGUCGUCGCCGUGGACGGGGUGUGCAGCGGCGUGCUCCAGUUUCCCUCGGAUGAAGACCGCUUGGACUGGCUUCAGGCUGUCGGCGGCAACAUCUCGUCUCUCACUAAGCACAACGUGAAGAAGAUCAACCGGAAUUUUCCUGUCAACCAGCAGAUCAUUUACAUGGGCUGGGCCGACGAAAAGGAGCAAGACUCCGUCCAGGAACGAAUGUACUCCCCAAAGUUCCUUGCUUUGAGGGGUUCCUCUCUCUUCAAGUUCUCCGCUCCUCCGGUGACAACAUGGGACUGGACCAGAGCAGAGAAAAGCUUUACUGUAUAUGAAAUCAUGUGCAAGAUUUUAAAGGACAAUGAGCUGGUGGACAAGAGGAGGCACUGCUUCAGCGUGCAGACGGAGAGCGGCGAGGACAUGUUUUUCAGCGUUGAGCUGGAGUCUGAGCUGCUCGUUUGGGAAAAGGCCUUUCAGAUGGCCACUUACCUGGAAGUGGAGCGGAUACAGUGUAAAACGUACGCCUGCAUCAUGGAGAGCCACCUGAUGGGACUAACAGUGGACUUUAGCAUGGGAUUUGUGUGCUUUGACGCCGCUUCCAAGGCUGUCCUUUGGAGAUACAAGUUCUCUCAGCUCAAAGGCUCAUCAGAUGACGGCAAAAGCAAGAUCAAGUUUUUAUUCCAAAAUCUAGACUCCAAAUCUAUUGAAGCAAAGGAGCUGGAGUUCUCCAACCUGUUUGCGGUACUUCAUUGCAUUCACGCUUUCUUCGCCGCCAAGGUGGCUUGCCUGGACCCCAUGUUUGUGGAGAGCCAGGCCGCGGCGGCCAACGCCGGCAUUCCUUCGCUGGCGAGCAUCUCGUGCAAUUCGCACACUCCCAAGCUGAAAUGCAAGAACACUUGACGCAGCGUCUCCGCUUGAGUUGUGACCGUAGCCUCAGACGCUGAAUGCGAUGGGAUGAGAGAGUAAAAAAAAAAAACUGCAUAAGAAGACACUUUAGACAAGGAGUUCCUCAGGAAAACCCCUGAAAUCUCAUAUGAAGCCUUUCUGGUCUGAACAAGAAGCUCCUCACAAAAAGACUCCAUGGACACCAAGAGUGCAUUUGUUUCAACAUCUUUUUAAGUGGACUCACUCUAUUCUUGCUCCUGGAACAUUAAUAUUGAUGUUAUGAUUGACACAUGAUGCUACUUUUGUAUGAACCUUUAUUGAGGAUUUAAAACGCUUCCUGUAUUUGGGCGGGGACAUACACGAUAUGGACAAAAGUCUCGGGACAAAUCCUGGCGUUCAUCAAUUAGGGAUUGCAUACUUUGUUGUGACCACAUUUGUGAAACCCCUGAGAAAGAUUUGCGAUGAAUUACAAAAAAUGGAAAAGAUCAGCUCGCAUCGUUUCCAGCAAAAUAGUAAAAUAGUCAUGACAGUGUAUGCUGCUUGUCGCAGUCUUUUGCAAGGCAUCAGGAUCAUUUCUGGUGAGGAUUGUUUUCACAAUGGUGCAUGGUAUGCUGCUGGUUGGGAUAUUUUCUGUUGAGGGCCUUUUGUAGCAAAACAUAUGCUCGUCAUGACAGUGCAUGGUGUGCUGCUCAUUAUUUCAACAUUGCGAUAGUUUCUGUUGAGGCCCGUUAAGUCAAGAGAGUGCAUGGUAGGCAGCUAAUCACUCAUUUGUCUUCUAUUGAUCAUUUGUGGGUGUCGUUUGUCCCAAUACUUUUGUCCACAUCGUGUACAUCAAGAGUAGCAAAAUGUGAGAGAUUGAUUACAGAGGUUUGACUUUUGCCCCCUAAAAUUUGUAUGAUAAUGUAAAUAAACAUUGACCUUGAAAUGACCUUAAAGAACGAUGAGGAAGAUUUGGAGGGAUUCAUUUGAGAAGUACUGUAGGUAGUUAACUCAUCGUGUCCUACAUUUUUAAUUCCCUCUGUGGACCAAUUUAGAAAAAUAAAAUCAGCUAUGAUGAUUUUGUUUGCUUUGUGAGUUUGGAGUCCAGCUUGUAAAUAUGAAAAAUGACAUCAGUUGCAGUGAAUAAAACAAAAGUAGCGGGAUCCGAUGGGGGCUGAAUGAACGGUCAAUGGCAGCAAAAGGAAGUCGGUGUAAUGCGUCUUACGAAAUAAGUUGGUGGCAGCAAUACCCUUCAAACAAAAACAGGACUCAUGAGAGAGUUUAUUUUAUUUUUUUGCAAAUGUUUUAUUAACAAAUUACUGUGUCAUGAAUCAAUAAAGGAGAUCUUUUACAACACUG